ACUCCACAGCCUAUUUCCACUUUCCCGCUCAUCAACCACCAUUCAUUUUGCCGCAAGUGAACCUCCAAGUCCCUUUUGCCGGCUUUUUUAAAUUUCGCGGAAACUUCCUUUUCUUCCAUUUAAGUACUAACAAUUCACAGCCAACAUUUAAUCUCAACAUUCUCAAAUUUCAUUUGCAAUAAUUAAGUUUUCUGAAAAUGGGCAUGGUUUUUGGUAAGAUCUGUGUUGAAACACCGAAAUAUGAAUUGAUUCAAUCUACAGCUGAUUACGAAAUCCGAAAAUACCCAGCAGCUGUUAUAGCUCAAAUCACAUAUGAUCCGACCCAGUUCAAAGGCAACAAAGACGCCGGAUUUGAGAUACUAGUCAAUUACAUCGGCCUACUGGGUACUCCCCAAAACGCUAAACCUGAAAAAAUCGCCAUGACAACUCCUGUAAUCACCAAAUCGUCGGAGAAAAUCGCGAUGACUACACCGGUGGUGACUAAGAGUGGUGACGGAGAGAACAAUACAGUGACUAUGCAGUUUAUUUUGCCUGCAAAGUAUACGAAAGCUGCAGAAUCACCGAAGCCGUUGGAUGAGAGAGUGGUGAUUAUAGAAGAAGGGGAAAUGAAGUAUGGGGUGUUGAAGUUUAGUGGGACUCCAAGUGAUAGAGUGGUGAAAGAGAAAGUGGAGAAUUUGAAGAAAUGGUUGGAGAGAGAUGGGUGUAAGAUAAUUGGGGAAUUUGAGUUGGCUAGGUAUAAUCCGCCAUGGACAUUGCCUCCCUUUAAGACUAAUGAAGUUAGGAUUCCAGUUAAGUGAAGCUGAAACUACUACAUGUAAAGAAAAAAAGAGAGUGGUGUGAGUGGCUUGUAGCUAGCUUGUGUUUUUUUUUAAAUUUCUACUGGUAUUUCGUGGCAUAGUAAAAGUUUUAAUGGGCUUCAAGCUAAUGUUUGAUUGUGUAGUUUGAAAAAACUAUUUUUUAUUUUUAAAGUAAAAAAUGUUAUUUGAAAAUUGGUAGUUCUCCUUUAA